AUGAAGCUCAUCAAUGUCGAAUCAGGUCUCCUGGAGGAAUUCGUUGGUGCGAUACCGCAUUACGCCAUACUUUCGCACACGUGGGGAGAAGAUGAGGUCAUAUUCCAGGACUUUGUGCAUUCGAGUCAAGAGGCAAGGCGUCAAAAGAAGGGGUUUGCGAAAAUCCUCAAAACCUGUGAACUGGCCAAAAGAUCGGGUCUGAAAUAUGCUUGGGUCGACACUUGUUGCAUAGACAAGUCUAGCAGCGCGGAGCUAAGCGAAGCUAUCAACUCCAUGUUUCGUUGGUAUCGCGGAGCCACUGUUUGCUAUGCUUGGCUUACCGACUUACUCCCCGACAGCUCAUUAGAGCCUGAUACUGAGGCGUUGAGGGGCUGCCGGUGGUUUAAACGUGGAUGGACUCUACAGGAGCUGAUUGCGCCUCGAGCAGUAGAGUUUUACGAUGCAAAUUGGAACUUUCGUGGCUCGAAAUCUGGUUUGAAAUAUCUUUUAACAGAUAUCACAAAGGUACCCGGCAAUGUGCUCGAAUCGCCCGAAUCACUCUACACAUUGUCGGUAGCGCGUCGGAUGUCUUGGGUGUCUGAGCGCAGAACAACUCGGAUUGAAGACAUGGCCUACUGCUUACUGGGAAUUUUCGACGUCAGCAUGCCACUGCUGUAUGGAGAAGGCGACCGUGCAUUUUUAAGACUACAGGAAGAAAUCUCAAACUCCACCAAUGACCUUAGCAUUUUUGCAUGGAGAAAGUCGCUUCCCGAACAGAUUUAUUAUGGCGUGUAUGCCACCAGCCCAGCCGAUUUCCGUGAGUCAGGAACGGUCGAAUUAGUUAGUAGCACCAUGUUUAUGCCCGAGUUUUUGAGAAGCAAUAAGGGUCUCCGAAUCCAUACCAGCAUUUUCCAUGGAUCUCAGCAGGCCUACCUUCUCAAGUUGCAGUGUGUUGAGACGAGUGGCAAUGAAAGCAAGCAAAUCGGCAUAUGGAUCAAACCUCACGGUGGUGGGCUUUACAGUCGUAUACGAGCAGGCGAGUUUGGGGCCGAAUCAGCAGAGGACACCUCGAGCGUGCAGUUACUCUUUCUAUUCAGACACAUCAGCCCUUCUCGGUCACGCGAACUCCAAGGAAGCCACAGCAACGCACUGAUGAUUCGCAAGGGAAUCAACACCAAAACGCGGACCACCGACGGGAGUUUCCCCUUUGAGGUGACGAUGUGGCUGCCUCAAGACGAAUGGGAUUCGCAGCGGAGCAUGUUUAUGAAUGACGGAGCGGCCGAAUUCGCCGCCUACGGCUACUUCAAUUGGCGACAAGACGUUGAGCCUACCGAUGACAUGCACAAGGGACACAGCUUCAUGCUCAUUCUGGGGAAAAUGGCAGACGAGUCGGAACCAUGGAUAAGCCUGGCGUCAUUAGAAGACACUACCAAGAACCUGACGGUGCACAUGGGAGAUGCGACCAAAAUGGUUGCUGCUUCGCGAAAAUUCGAGCAGGAACGUAUGUUGGUGCUAAGAGAUAUAUGGAGGAACGCGUGUAAAGCUGUCUAUGUGUCCCUCGAGAAGACAAGAGUUGAUGGGGAAGAGGUUUAUUGUAUCGAUUUGACAUAUGACAAUGCACCGGAGGAGGCGAAGAAGGAUAAUACGCAUGUGCCCAAGGAGACAAAGUUGGCAGCACGACAAGCAAGAACGACAUAG